AUGAGUAAAACUAUUAAGAAAUUAAAUGAAGUUGCAUUAGAUAAUAUACAAGCAACAACUUGGCAUGAUGAAUACAAUAAGAGUAGUUACAUAUUUAUCGCCAAUCUUAAUUAUGCCAUGAAUGAAGGUGAUAUAGCCAUUGUCUUUUCGUAAUAUGGAGAAAUAGUUGAUGUACAUUUAGUCAGAGAUAAAAUUACUGGAAAAUCCAAAGGGUUUUGUUUCUUAGCCUAUGAAGAUUAGCGGUCAACCAUCUUGGCUGUUGACAACUUCAAUCACGCAGAAAUAUGUGGAAGAUUAUUAAGAGUGGAUCAUGUAAGAGAGUUCAAGCCUCCUAAGGAAUACCUUGACAUCUCCCCUGAUGAUCCGGAAAUAUUUAAUAAGCUCUAUAAGCCAUCUGGUCCUGAUGGCAAAGGAUGGGGAACUUUUAGGGAGCUGACUCAAGAAGAAUUAGUAUUAAAAGCAUAAAUAGAAGCAUAAUAAUAAGAAAUCCAGAAAAGAAAUGAAAAAAUAUUUGAGAACAUGCAACAGAUAAAAAAUAUGCAGACGAUAAUUGAUGAGGAUGAGAGGUGGGAUAAAAUGUUGAUGGUAUAGGAUGAGAAGAAAGAACUAUUGGAAAAAAUUGAAGCUCUCCAAUAUUUCAAUAAUAAGAUGCAAAAGUAUAAGGAGGUCCAAGAGCCAGAAAAAUAAGAAACUAAUGAGGAGAGAUUAUUGAGAUUAUAGAAAAAGCAGAAUAAGAAAUAUGAGAAAAAGAAUUCAGAAGAGAAGGGAAAAGAAAAGAAAAUAAAAAAAGAAAAAAAAGAGAAAAAAAACAAAAAGAACAAAGAUAAAAAAGAGAAAAAGGAGAAGAAAUCUAAGAAUUCAAAGAAAGAUCAGCCACAACAAUCAGAUAACUAAGAUAGGGGAAGUUAAAAAUGA